UGUUUAAAGGACGGACUCAUCAGCCGGAAUCUCCAUUGUUGUUUCACGAAGCUAACGAUAGAAAUUGCAAGCUACCUUCCUCUAUUUAUCAACAAUGUCUGUGAAAUUGAAUGCCCUAAAUAGCGAUUCUUACAUUGAUUUCAGUAAUUACAGAGACCAACAUUUUAAGGGUAAGUGCCACGAACAGGAGAAGCUACUGGAGUCGAGUCACACUUUGUAUGUUGGGAACCUUUCCUUUUACACCACAGAGGAGCAGGUACAUGAGCUCUUUUCUAAAAGUGGAGACGUGAAGCGCAUCAUCAUCGGUCUGGAUAAAGUCAAGAAGACGGCCUGCGGGUUCUGCUUUGUUGAAUACUAUACAAGGGCAGAUGCAGAACAUGCGAUGCGCUUCAUUAAUGGCACAAGGCUUGAUGACCGUAUGAUUAGGACUGACUGGGACACCGGCUUUAAGGAAGGACGACAGUAUGGUCGUGGCAAGUCUGGAGGACAGGUGAGAGAUGAGUACAGGCAGGACUAUGACCCAGCCAGAGGUGGCUAUGGGAAGUUGGCUCAGCAGCACAGAGUUUAAGACCGCCAAAGUAGCUUUUAAACAGAGUCUCUUGAUGACGCAAUACCAGUUUGUUUUCCCCCCAACACUGCCAUUAUGUGUUGAAGUAACCACAUAUUCAAUACAUUUUUGAAAGAAUCAAUAGCUGGUAUGCACCAACGACUGGACUCUUGAUAAGUGGUAUUUAUUGUUUUGAUGGACUGUCCCUAUGACAUGCAGGAUUUCAGUCAUCUUCACAAUGUGUAUUUUUUUUCUAGAAGUUUUCAUUAUUUCUUAUGUUCAAACAUGGAGUGGUAUUUCUAAUAAAAUGGUGUGUUUUGUCUCA